GGCUACUGUAUAUUGACCAGUGACAUAAACGCUGUUGGCAGUGCAGAAAAGACGAGAGAAGGUUGCUGGAGCUGUUCGGGAGAUUUUAUUGUUUUGCAUUUGAACUAAAAGGGCUUUGCGGCUAAGAUAUCUGUUUCCAACUUCAGCUACAGUGAUAGCUAAGUUUGGAAAGGAGAAAGGGGAGCUUUGACGUGCGUUUGCCGAAAAUUUAAUGCACAGAGUGUCUCCCAUCGAUAGCCUUGCUUUACGAAGAUAAAUUAAUAUUGGGCAAACGUUAAUUAUUUCCGGCAAAGUAUUACAAUGGAUAACGCUGGAUCUAAGAAACCUUGCUGUGAAUCUGUCCAAGAGUUCUUCACAUCACCAAAGUUCCUUAUUUACCUGGGACAUGGACUCUCGACAUGGGGCGAUCGUAUGUGGAACUUCGCUGUAGCCGUAUUUCUGGUGGAGCUGUAUGGCAACAGCCUCCUGCUCACGGCUGUGUACGGACUGGUGGUGGCGGGGUCAGUGCUGCUCCUUGGAGCCAUUAUCGGUGACUGGGUUGACAAAAACCCAAGACUCAAAGUGGCCCAGACUUCGCUGGUUGUCCAGAACUUUGCUGUCAUACUAUGUGGGAUCCUCUUGAUGGUGGUUUUCCAGUUCAAAGAACAGAUUGCAGAGUUAUACAAUGGAUGGAUUCUGACAUGCUGCUAUAUCCUGGUCAUCUCCAUAGCCAACAUUGCUAAUUUGGCCAGUACUGCCAUGUCCAUUACCAUCCAGAGAGACUGGGUGGUGGUUGUGGCUGGACAGGACAGCAGCAAGCUGGCAGACAUGAACGCCACAGUGCGGAUCAUCGACCAGCUGACCAACAUCCUAGCGCCCAUGUUGGUGGGCCAGAUCAUGUCUUUCGGCUCAAACUUCAUUGGCUGCGGCUUUAUUGCGGGCUGGAACCUGUGCUCUAUGUGCCUUGAGUACGGUCUGCUAUGGAAGGUCUACCAGAAAACCCCAGCACUGGCCUUGAAGGCUGGCAAAAAAGAAGAUGACCAGGAACUGAAACAACUUAACUUCCCGAAAGAGCUAGAAAACGGCAAGGGCACAGUAGAGGGCUCCCAGCUCAUGAACGAGAUGGCUGUCGUCAAGGCCGACUCUCCCAAGAAGACAAGCUGCUGCUACCAGAUAACAGAGCCCCUGCGCACCAUCCGCGACGGCUGGGUGGCCUACUACAACCAGUCCAUCUUUUUCGCAGGCAUGUCGCUGUCCUUCCUCUACAUGACGGUGCUGGGAUUUGACUGCAUCACCACGGGCUACGCCUACACCCAGGGCCUCAACGGCUCUGUGCUCAGCCUGCUGAUGGGUGCCUCAGCCAUGUCAGGCAUCUGUGGCACGGUGGCCUUCACCUGGGUUCGCAAGAAGUGUGGCCUAAUCCGCACAGGCUUCAUCUCGGGUGUGGUGCAACUCUCCUGCCUAAUUCUGUGCGUGGCGUCCGUCUUUGCACCGGGCAGCCCCUUCGACCUCAGCGUUUCGCCCUUCCAGGACAUCUACAGCCACCUGACCGGAGACAGCGGCAACUUACCAGAGGCCGACCAUCCGGCUAGCAUGCUAAACAUCGAUGGUCUGCUGGUCAACGGUUCGACCGCACUGCCUGCUGAAGAACUGCCGCCUCUGCAGUCCUACCUGUCAGUCAGCCUGCUGUUUGCAGGGGUUAUUGCUGCUAGAAUUGGUCUAUGGUCCUUUGACUUAACCGUGACCCAGCUCAUCCAAGAGAAUGUGAUCGAGUCGGAGAGGGGGGUGAUUAAUGGUGUCCAGAACUCCAUGAACUACCUCCUGGACCUGUUGCACUUUAUCAUGGUGAUUAUGGCGCCCAACCCUGAGGCCUUCGGCCUUCUCGUCAUCCUCUCCGUCUCCUUCGUGGCCAUGGGCCACAUCAUGUACUUCAGGUUUGCCUUCAAGAGCCUCGGGCGGCGCCUCUUCCUCUGCUGCUCGCCAGAGCAGAAGGCCCAGGCCCUCCCGGACUCUCCCUCCUCGCUUCCCACCACCGUGUAGCCCAUUAAAGAGACGCUGUCCCUGCUAAUAGCUCUACCUGCAGCCUGCAGUGCACACUAUUGUCUACUCCUCCUCCUGCCCGCUAGCUAUCAACCUAAACAUGCUUGCGUCUAGCUGCCACAGCGCUAAUGUAUCUACUUUUGCGCCUAACCCUAGCAUGUGCUGUCCUUUGCCAUUGUGAUUUUGCGGAAGGGGGAAGAGUAGUGCAGCCACAGAAACAGAGAAGCAGCCACUCACAGACAAAAAGCUCAGCUUGAAUGAGGCCUUAUAGAGAGGUGUCAAUAUUUCAAUCUAGCUGUCUUGUUAUUCAAGGAGCUGCAGCUAGAGCUACAGUAAAUAAGGGAGGAAAAAUGCAGGUAUUGCUUGCAGUUACUACGGUUACAGCUGCAUACUACUUAAGUAUGUUCUGUGGUUCUAGUGGUGUUUGCAUCUCAUUACAGCUCUGCAUCAGCUGCGGGAAAUUCAUUUCCACAUUUGUUUCUCAGUAGUUCACUGUUACUAUAGCCAUUCAUGUUAGCAUUUCAAACGUCUCAGUUACUUAAGCUUUAGUAAUUGACAAUGAUUUAGAUUACCGGUUUUACCAGUGAGAAACAGGUUCUUACUUAUUUUGCUUAACGAGCCUGGGAUAAAGUCUCUUUAAUACAUGGUUAUAAGGGUUAUGCAAAUUAUUUAUUCAAGGAGUGCAGAUACUGAUAGAUAGACUGAACAAAAAUAUAAACGCAACAUGUAAAGUGUUGGUCCCAUGUUUCAUGAGCCUAAAACAAAUAUCCCAGACAUUUUCCAUGCGCACAAAAAUGCACAAAUUUGUUUUCAUCCCUGUUAGUGAGCAUUUCUCUUUUGCCAAGACAAUCCAUCCACCUGACAGUUGUGGCAUAUCAAGUAGCUGAUUUAACAGUAUGAUCAUUACACAGGUGCACCUUGUGCUUGGGACAAUACAAUUCCACUCUAAAAUGUGCAGUUUUGUCACAACACAAUGCCACAGAUGUCUCAAGUUUGGAGGGAGUGUGCAAUUGCCAUGCUGACUGCAGGAAUGUCCACCAGAGCUGUUGUCAGAUAAUUUUAUGUUAAUUUCUCUACCAUAAGCCGCCUUCAACGAUGUUUUAGAGAUUAUGGCAGUACGCCACAACCGCAGACCACGUGUAACCACGCCAGCCCAGGACCUCCACAUCCGGCUUCUUCACUUGCGGGAACGUCAGAGGGGGGAGGUGGGAUGAGUAUGUCUGUCUGUAAUAAAGCCCUUUUGUGGAAAAACUAAUUCUGAUUGGCUGGCUCCCCAGUAGGUUGGCCUGGCUCCCAAGUGGGUGGGCCUAUGCGGGCCUAUGCCCACUCAUGGCUGUGCCCCUGCUCAGUUAUGUGAAAAAAAUAGAUCAGGGCCUAAUCAUUUUUUUAAUUGACUGAUUUCCUUAUAUGAACCGUAACUCUUUGAAAAAGUCUUUGAAAUUGUUGCAUGUUGCAUUUAUAUUUUUGUUCUGUAUACACACACACACACAGAGUACCAGUCAAAAGUUUUGACACAGCUACUCAUUUAAGGGUUUUUCUUGAUUUUUACUAUUUUCUACAUUGUAGAAUAAUAGUGAUGACAUCAAAGCUAUGAAAUGUAGUAACCAAAAAAGUGUUAAACAAAUCAAAAUAUAUUUUAGAUUUUAAAUUCUUCAAAGUAGCCACCCUGCACCUUGAUGACAGCUUCGCACACUCUUUGCAUUCUCUCAACCAGCUUCACCUGGAAUGCAUUUCCAACAGACUUGAAGGAGUUCCCACAUAUGCUGAGCACUUCCUUCACUCAUCCCAAACCAUCUCAAUUGGGUUGAGGUCAGGUGAUUGUGGGGGCCAAGUCAUCUGAUGCGGCACUCCAUCGCUCUCCUUCUUGGUCAAAUAGCCCUUACACAGCCUGGAGGUGUGUUCUGGGUCAAUGAUAGUCCCAGUAAGCACAAACCAGAUGGCAUGGCGUAUCGCUACAGAAUGCUGCGGUAGCCAUGCAGGUUAAGUGUGCCUUGAAUUCUAAAUAAAUCACAGACACUGUCACCAGCUAAGCACCAUCACACCUUCUCCUCCAUGCUUCACGGUGGGAACCACACAUACAGAGAUCAUCCAUUCACCUACUCUGCGUCUCACAAAGACAUGGCGGUUGGAACCAAAAAUCAAAAAUUUGGACUCAUCAGACCAGAGGACAGAUUUCCACUGGUCUAAUGUCCAUUGCUCGUGUUUCUUGGCCAAAGCAAGUCUUAUUGGUGUCCUUUAGUAGUGGUUUCUUUGCAGGAAUUCAACCAUGAAGGCCCGAUUCAUGUAGUAUCCUCUGAACAGUUGAUGUUGAGAUGUGUCUGUUACUUGAACUCUGUGAAGCAUUUAUUUGGUCUCCAAUCUGAGGUGCAGUUAACUCUAAUGAACUUAUCCUCUGCAGCAGAGGUAACUCUGGGUCUUCCUUUCCUGUGGCGGUCCUCAUGGGAGACAGUUUCAUCAAAGCGCUUGAUGGUGUUUGCGACUGCUCUUGAAGAAACUUAAAAAGUUCUUGAAAUUUUCCAGAUUGACUGACCUUCAUGGCUCAAAGUAAUGAUGGACAGUUAUUUAUUUUUGCUUAUUUGAGCUGUUCUUGCCAUAAUAUAGACUUGGUUCUUUACCAAAAAGGGCUAUCUUCUGUAUACCACCCCUACCUUGUCACAACACAGCUGAUUGGCUAUAAUACAUUAAGAAGGAAAGAAAUUCCACGAAUUAACUUUUAACAAGGCGCACCUGUUAAUUGAUGACCUGGCCUCCACAAUCACCCGACCUCGACCCAAUUUAGAUGGUUUGGGAUGAGUUGGACCGCAGAGUGUAACCAAAAGCAGACAACAAUUGCUCAGCAGUUGUGGGAACUCCUUCAAGACAGUUGGAAAAGCAUUCCUCAUGAAGCUGGUUGAGAGAAUGCCAAGUGUGCAAAGCUGUCAUCAAGGCAAAGGGUGGCUACUUUGGAGAAUCUCAAAUAUAAAAUAUAUUUUGAUUUGUUUGACACUUUUUUGGUUACUACAUGAUUCCAUAUGUGUUAUUUCAUAGUUUUGAUGUCUUCACUAUUAUUCUACAAUGUAGAACAUGGUAAAAAUAAAGAAACCCUUGAAUGUGUAGGUGUGUCAAAACUUUUGACUGGUACUGUAUAUAUAUAUAGUAUUCUCAAUGUAUCAUCAGUAUUGUCUCUCAGCCAUGGUGGUGCUGAUAUGCUAGUUAUAGCGAACAACUAGAAAACUAUGCAUUCACAUUAACAACGCUCUCAAUGACCAAAGUGGACAUUCUUAUACAGCUUAAAAGGAAGUGAGGGAAAACCUGUUUUCUCUAUGAGCAUUCCAAUAAUUUUUUUGAUGUGAAGUGAAAAUGAAACUCGUAUAGGCUCAUUAACGCUUUUGUAGACACCUUGUGUACAGAUCUCUAACCCCCUUGCAAUUGUUAUACUGUAGUUGUUUGUCAUCAUUGAUUUAUGUCUUCAAAGGUGAUUUUUAACCGUGAUUGUUACAUAGGCACUUUAACUGAUUCUACUAUGUCCAUAACAACAAAAACACCGUCAGGCAUUGCUACUGCAUUUUGCACAAGGCUGAGCUGAAGGACUUUGCAUUUACUGGCAGGCCCAUGAUAAAGAACCAUCAUUAUGCUAAUCUUUGCCACAAAUGCGCACACAGCACAAUCCUAAACCCAGACACCAGGUGUGAGCAUGGAAAACCAUACCACCCUUUUUCCUGUGGGCGGCUUUGAAAAUCCUGCCAAGUUUACCUCAUAUUUCCUUCUUCCCCCCUAAAUCCAGCAGACCUCCCCACCAGUGUUCCUUUGCCACAGUAGAAAGUCAUCAUGUUCAGGUUGUCUUAGCUGGCCACUAACUGCAAUUACACCAACCGUGCUGUAGCCAGGCAAAACUGUAGGUUUGUAGCUCUUGGAGCUCUCCAACACCACUGUGAAGGUUUGCAGAAGCUUUAUUUUUAAAACCUGCUUCGACUCGAUGUAAUACGCACAGACUUCAUGGUUAUUACCUCUGCCCAUGAAAACCAUUGCUGACCUACGCCACGGAGGUGAUUUGGUAAUGAAAAUAUUAUGGUUGGAGAGAAUAGACACGGCACUUGAAGAGAACAGUGAGGCCUUUCUUUAGCCCUGGGUGGUUGUACUAAAGGCUCCUGUAGGCUGAUGUGGAGUCAGACAGGUCUGCAGGUUUGUGGAACUGCAGAUGGUGUUCUAUAGAGAAAUGCCAGGAACUGAGCUCAAUAUUAAUGUUUGGCAUGGAUUACCCCCAAAAUGUAAAGUAAGCACAUUCUUCAGAACAGAGCAUUUGUUCAGAACAUUUAUUCAGGAAUAUUUCAUACUAGGCCAUAUCUUUUUCAUACAAGUAACAAUGGCCGUCAAUCAAUACAUACACUGUACUGGAUGUAAAAUAAUUUCUUUAUGACAUUAUCAGAUUAUGUUGUCGUCUUUAAAUGUUGGAAGUCUUUUUUUACAACUUUUUUUUUUUUUUUUAUAUACUAGUGUUAACAAUUGUUGCUAAUUGAGAAGUUUUCUGAACAAUUUGCUUGUGAAAUUGUUCUCUGCCUCGUGUGUAGAAAUCAAUGCUCUCAUGCAUAAACCAAGAAAAUCAUGAGUACAACAUGCCAAUGGACCAUACUGUCCAUAAUCUCCCAUCAUUGUAAAAAUACAUUAAAACCAUUGUUUGAUAUAAUCUUUGUUUAAAUGUAAUAUGCAAGAAUCACUUCACACUCCAUUAUAGUGGAGGACGUUUAUACAGCUUGUUUUGCAUGAGCUCGGAAUUAAAAAGAAAAUGUUUAUACA